AUAAAAUAAAUUGUUGGUCCAAAGAAGAGAGAAUCGAGUCCAGCUGCCUUCGUCAAUCUUUUUUCUGCCGAGGAUACCCAUAUCCCUCCCUCCCUCCCUUCCCUCCUCCCACCCAACACCUUGGGUCGGGGAGUUUUCCUUUAUGUACAAUCCAUUCGCCAUCAACGUUUCCCAAGGUCCAUCUGGUUCGAUAACACCAACCACCACCACAACAACAAAUCCCGAGUUGUUGACCUCGGACACAUUCCACAUCCCACACUCAUUCAUUCGUUCGUUCCCAUUUCCUUAAAACAAGAGCAAGACCCCGUCCUACGAGAUGCGGUUUUCCCUCGAGCGAGCUCCCGCCGACCCCUCAUGUGCUGCUGGGUUCUUAUGGUAUACCUGCAGUGAUAUCGACUUCUAUGGAUGCUGCUCCACCGAUCCGUGCGAUGCUGGCUGUCCUGAUCCUGCUUCAUUGACGAAAACAAUCUCGACCAACUCCCCACUUCGGACCUCGACUCUGACUGUGUCUGCUGCACAAUCGAGUACCAGCUUACCGUUGACCUCGAGCUCUGCCCCGACUACGUCUGUACUUAAUAAUGCUGAUCUGGCUGGAUUUACUACAUCGAUGACAAUUUCUGAGACGGGAAUUCCAACUUCAUCACCGAGUCCCUCAGCAUCAACAGCGAGUUCAACAUCAAAUUCAACCACAAAUUCCAUAGCACUCAUCAUUGGAGGUGCGGUUGCCGGAGUUGUGGUCGUUUCCAUCAUGUCCCUAAUCAUCUGGUUCUGUCUCCGCCGCCGCAAGCAAAAGCAAAACAAGAGCAGCAAUCGAUACUCACUCCAAGAUUCCCUUCCUCCCUACGGAAUACCAACCAAAGAUUUCGUUCUAGACCGAACAACCGGCCCGGCACUUUCACUCCAAGAAAGUGAACCCUUUGCACCGUUCGGAGGUAUGUCAUUCCUAUCCAUCUGAUAUGUAUGUACAAAGCUGAUCCCACUCGUAGGCCGCUACCAAUCAGCAAGCCCGUCCAACUCAGAGCCUCGAAGCCUCCCACCUCUACCCCCCACUUCUCCUUCACCAGAACCUCACGUCAGCCGCGCUCGUACCGACUCGCAAUCCCAAUCCCAAUCCCAAUCCCAAUCCCAAGCCGCAGCACCAUCUCACUCCUCACCCGAAAUCUACUCCCAAGCCCAAGCCCAAGCACACGCCGAAGCAAUAUCCACCUCCACCGACUCCCUCCCCACCGCCGCCCUCCCCACCGACCCCGAAAAAGC